AUGUUAAUCGCCGUGACUUUAGCGAUUCUCGGGGCGACCUCCAGCCUGCCCAAAGGAUGGGCUUUGCCAACAUGGCCAUCUGCCAUCGAUGAGCUCGAAGACCUUAUGUUCCUCCACACCGGGUAUCGCGCUCGAGCAUUCUCCGCCGGUGUGACACCAUGCUCCUUCUCCCAGCAAGGUCCAUCACGGAUUGCGUCCGCAGAAUGGCUUCGAACUGCGUUCCAUGACAUGGCCACGGGCAAUGUCUUUACUGGCAUUGGUGGACUUGAUGCGUCGCUUGUCUAUGAGCUCGGCGGCAAUGGAGGAGAAAACAUUGGCUCGGCCUUCAACACAACUUUAGAGACCUUCUCGCCCUUUUUUUCGUCCAGGUCUUCUAUGGCGGAUCUAAUCGCCCUCGGGGUAUAUACAGCAAUCCGCUCAUGCGGAGGACCCGUAGUCAAAGUCAGGGGUGGGAGAAUUGAUGCGACUUCUCGAGGGCCAGUUGGGGUGCCACAGCCUGAGAAUUCCCAAAGAACGUUUAUCAACCAGUUUGCCCGAGUUGGCUUCAAUGUAUCGGACAUGAUCGCUGUCACCGCCUGUGGUCAUUCAAUGGGGGGUGUUCAUGCAAAUAACUUCCCUCAGAUUGUCAGGCCGGGGACGGCACCGAAUGAUUUCCAAUUGCUCGACUCUACACCAGAAUUUGACGAGAAAAUAGCCUCCAAUUUUAUCAGUAGCGAUGAUCCAAACCCUCUAGCAGGGCCUCUUGCGAAGGCGAAUUCACGGGAUUCCGACACCAAGACCUUCACAGCAGACGGCAAUGUGACAAUCACGGAGUUGGCGGAUCCAGCGACUUUUCAAGCCACUUGCGCGAGAGUCCUACAGAAGAUGAUCGAGGUUGUGCCAUCCAGGGUGCAACUCACCGAACCCAUUGAGCCAUAUGAGGUUAAACCGGGAAACAUUCAGUUGUCCCUGGCUGGAAAUGGUACCACACUGACCUUCUCUGGCGAGAUCCGCGUCAGAACUACCGUUCGGCCAGCUAGCGCAAUUGCCAAAGUAGAUCUUCUCUUCAAGGACCGCCUUGGAGGUUCAGACUGUGGAUCAUGUGUAAUAAACACUGAACACAAGGGAAACGCAGAUGGAUUUGACGACCACUUUGCUUUUUACGGAUUUUCCACCAGUCUAUCCUCAGCCACAUCAAUCUCCGGGUUUAACGUACAAGUCACCCUAACCACAGGUGAAGUGGAGAUGUACGACAAUAACGAGACCGGAUAUCCCGUGCAGGAUGCGAUUCUAUUCCAGCCAAGGCAGAGUUGCUUCAGACAAAGCAAUGGAGCCGGCAAUUUGACGGUGGUAGCUGCUGUACGAAAUCCUGUGGAGGCUCCUAGCGUUACACUCUCCUUGACAACGAAAACACCCCGUAACUGCUGCGUUGUCCCUGCGUUGACGAAGGAAUCGGUUGCAAUGAUAGAGCAAGGCAGUAUCGGGCCAUAUACCUUUUACUCUAUCAGCCAUAUCGUUGACCCAGCUCAUAAACCAACCGCCAAAUUCGACGUUUCCGUCGGCGACGGUGAAGCAGUCAAGUCAGAUAGUUUUAAGAGCACAGCCGAUCUAGGGUCCACGUGUGCGCCUAUCGGUUCGGACGAUCCUCCCUUACCUGGAUUCAGUUAUGAAGGCUGCUUCACCGACACCGUUGAGUCGAGAGCUCUGACAGGAGCCGCGUUUGUCAGCGAUGAGUUGACAGUCGGAGACUGUGCCAAUCUCUGUGGACAAUAUCAAUUCUUCGGCGUCGAAUACGGAAGGGAGUGCUACUGCGGCAACAUGAAAAACUCUGAAAGCGUUCUAGUGGACGACGCCGAGUGUUCCAUGGCUUGUAGCGGUGACAGUUCGGAAUUGUGUGGUGCGCCAUACCGGUUGAGUCUUUAUAAGAACACAGAGUGGGUGCCCACGAUCAAUCCCGAGAUUCCAGGAUAUAAUCACCUCGGAUGCUAUAACGACUCAGCCAGCAGUCGCGCGCUAUCGGGAACCUUUAUGUACAAUGAGGCGAUGACUGUGGACUUGUGCGCGUCAUUUUGCGACGGGGCAAACUAUUUCGGUGUUGAGUAUUUCAGCGAAUGCUACUGCGGCGACAGUCUGUCGCCGACCAGCACCGAACAGCCGGACACAGGCUGCAGCUUCUUUUGCUCUGGGAAUAGCACCCAGUUCUGCGGCGGAAGUAACAGGAUGAACUUGUAUAUGAAGGAGACGGAUCCUGCGCGAAAGUCGUAA